AUUUUAAAAAUGGACAUAGAUAGACAUAUAGCAACAUUAUUAGGAGGAGGUUGUUUACCAGAAAGAGAUCUUAAAUUGAUAUGUGAUAGAGCAAAAGAAAUCUUUCUUGAAGAAUCUAAUGUAUAGCCAGUACGAGCACCAGUGAAUGUAUGUGGAGAUAUUCAUGGUAUCUAGUAUAUAUUAAGAUUCAGGUUAAUUUUAUGAUUUGUAAGCAUUAAUGAAAGAAGGAGGAGAUAUAUUAUCUGCUAAUUAUAUCUUUAUAGGAGAUUUUGUUGAUAGAGGUUAUAAUUCUGUAGAGACAAUGGAAUAUUUAUUAUGUUUAAAAGGUAAUCAAAAAAUAAAUGUUAGUUAAAUAUCCUGGAAAAAUAAUGUUAUUACGUGGUAAUCAUGAAUCAAGAUAAUGUACACAGGUUUAUGGUUUCUAUGAAGAAUUACUUCGUAAAUAUGGUAAUAGUAGUCCAUGGAGAUUAUUUAUGGAUGUUUUUGAUUGUCUUCCAUUAGCAGCAUUGAUUGAAGGUUCAAUAUUAUGUGUUCAUGGUGGUUUAUCACCAGAUAUGAGAACUAUUGAUCAAAUAAGAACUAUUGAUAGAAAAGUAAAGUUUAAUAUUAUUAUUAAAUCUAUUUAAGAUUGAAAUACCACAUGAAGGACCAUUUUGUGAUUUAAUGUGGUCUGAUCCAGAAGAAGUUGAAUAUUGGGCUGUGAAUUCAAGGGGAGCUGGUUAUCUAUUUGGAGCUAAAGUUACUAAAGAAUUUUGUAGAAUUAAUGAUCUAACACUUAUAUGUAGAGCACAUCAAUUAGUUAUGGAAGGAUAUAAAUAUUGGUUCCCAGUAAUUCUUUAAUCCAAUUUUAGGAAUAAAAUUUAGUAACUGUCUGGUCUGCUCCAAAUUAUUGUUAUAGAUGUGGCAAUAUUGCUUCCAUUUUAUGUUUAGAUGAUAAUUUGAAUCAAACUUGGAAAACUUUUAAAGAAGUUCCUGAAAGUUCUAAAAGCAUUAAUCCAAAAAGUGUAUUACCAUACUUCUUAUGA